UGCAGCUGCUGCCUGAAAAUCCCUCAGCUCUGCUGACAUCGCUGGAGUGCACGCAAGCCUACCUUUGGACACCAGACCAGAGAGGGACCGUGGAGCUGCUGCGGUGGACGAGUCGUGGAAACUUUCCUGAGUCCUCGGGCCUCCCGCGCAGGGCGAUGCCGGCCUCGACCACUAUCCACGUGCUGCAGCUGCUGCGGGAGCUGCUGGCCUUCGUGCUCCUCAGCUACACGGUGCUCAUCGGGGCGCUGCUGCUGGCCGGCUGGACCACCUAUUUCCUGGUGCUGAAGUGA